AUGGCUCGCUAAAGUUUAGGGCGCUUCCGACUCUGACGUCACUUUAACUCGGCUCGCAGUCGUCUUAUUUCACCAAAUAACUUCUCGGACUGCGUUUGUGAGUUGGCCCGGGUGAAACUGGGGCGAAUGCGAUGCUUCAAGACGGCGCUCACAGCAUGGCGACGUCUUAGCUAGCGAGCUAGCACUCGCUUGUUUUGACAGCGGCAGGUCGGCCAUAUCUCCCCGGGCAAGAGUCAUACCUCCCCGGGCAAGAGUCAUACCUCCCCGGGCAAGAGUCAUACCUCCCCGGGCAGGUCAGCCAUACCUCCCCGGGCAAGAGGCCACUCACGGCGGGCUCGUAAACACAAAGAUCGGUACCGCUCAGGGUGAAGAAGAUGCAUGACGCCUAUGAGCCGGUGCCUAUUUUGGAAAAACUUCCUCUCCAGAUUGAUUGUCUGGCGGCCUGGGAGGACUGGCUGCUCGUCGGAACCAAGCCCGGACAUCUCCUUCUCUACAGGAUUAAAAAAGAUGCAGCCACCAACCUCUUUGAAGUGACACUGGAGAAAUCCAACAAGAACUUUUCAAAGAAGAUCCAGCAGCUUUAUGUCGUCUCGCAGUACAAAAUACUGGUCAGUCUCCUGGAGAACAACAUCCACGUCCACGACCUCCUGACUUUCCAGCAAAUCACAGUCCUGUCCAAGGCAAAAGGAGCCACGCUUUUCGUCUGUGACCUGCAGCAAAGCAGCUCAGGAGAGGAAACACUGAGAAUGUGUGUUGCGGUGAAAAAGAAGCUCCAGCUUUAUUACUGGAAAGACCGAGAGUUCCAUGAGCUGCAGGGCGACUUUAGUGCUCCAGAUAUCCCAAAGUCCAUGGCGUGGUGCGAGAACUCCAUCUGUGUCGGCUUCAAAAGAGACUACUACCUUAUUCGGAUGGAUGGUCGUGGCUCCAUCAAGGAACUCUUCCCCACAGGGAAACAGUUAGAGCCGCUGGUCGCCCCGCUGGCUGAUGGGAAGGUCGCCGUCGGACAGGACGACCUCACCGUGGUGCUAAACGAAGAGGGGGUUUGCACCCAAAAGUGUGCUUUGAACUGGACGGACAUCCCCAUAGCGAUGGAGCACCAGCCUCCGUACAUCAUCGCAGUGCUACCUCGCUACGUGGAGAUCAGGACCUUGGAGCCCAGGCUGCUGGUGCAGAGCGUGGAGCUGCAGAGACCUCGGUUCAUCACGUCGGCUGGGCCAAAUAUCGUGUAUGUGGCCAGCAACCACUUUGUGUGGCGCCUGGUGCCCGUGUCCAUCGCCACGCAGAUCCGCCAGCUCCUCCAGGACAAACAGUUCGAACUUGCUCUUCAGCUGGCAAAGAUGAAGGACGAUUCCGACGGUGACAAGAAGCAGCAGAUCCACCACAUCCAGAACCUUUAUGCCUUCAACCUGUUCUGCCAGAAGAGAUUUGAUGACUCCAUGCAGGUGUUCGCCAAACUCGGCACAGAUCCCACACACGUGAUCGGCCUGUACCCGGACCUGCUGCCGUCCGACUACCGCAAGCAGCUGCACUACCCCAACCCUCUGCCGUCCCUGUCUGGAGCAGAACUGGAGAAGGCUCACCUGGCGCUCAUCGAUUACCUCACCCAGAAACGCAGCCACUUGGUGAAGCAGCUCAACGACUCCGACCCGUCCACCACGUCGCCGCUCAUGGAGGGCACGCCCACCAUUAAGAGCCGCAAGAAGCUCCUGCAGAUCAUCGACACCACCCUGCUGAAAUGUUACCUGCACACCAACGUGGCCCUGGUGUCGCCCCUGCUGCGCCUGGAGAACAACCACUGCCACAUCGAGGAGAGCGAAUACGUCCUGAAGAAGGCGCACAAGUACAGCGAGCUCAUUAUCCUCUACGAGAAGAAGGGCCUGCACCAGAAAGCUCUGCAGGUUCUGCUGGAUCAGUCGACCAAGGCCAACUCCCCUCUAAAGGGCCACGAGCGCACCGUGCAGUACCUCCAGAGGCUGGGUGUCGAGAAUCUGGGAAUGAUCUUUGAAUUUUCCCCCUGGGUCCUGAAGAUCUGCCCCGAAGACGGGCUAAAGAUCUUCACGGAGGACCUGACCGAGGUGGAGACGUUACCCAGAGACAAGGUGCUCAACUUCCUGAAGGAGGGCUUCAAAGAGCUGGCCAUCCCAUACUUGGAACACAUCAUCUACGUGUGGGACGACAAGGGCCCAGAGUUUCACAACACGCUCAUCCAGCUCUACCUGGAGAGGGUCCAAAGCCUGAUGAAGCAGUACCUCAACUCUCUGCCAGAAGGAGUUAAUGCUGUUGCCGCGGGGACGGAGAAAGGUGAACUGGGAGAGUUCAGGAACAAGCUUCUGUCCUUUUUGGAUAUUUCCAGCAGUUACGAACCGGCGCGGCUCAUCAGUGACUUUCCCUUUGACGGUCUGCUGGAGGAGCGGGCGCUGCUCCUGGGUCGGAUGGGAAAACACGAGCAGGCGCUCUUCAUUUAUGUACACAUUCUGCAGGACACGCGCAUGGCUGAGGAAUAUUGUCACGGCCAUUACAACAGCUCCAUGGAAGGAAAUAAAGACGUUUACCUGUCCCUGCUGCGGAUGUACCUGUCCCCCCCGGACGUGCACUGCCUGGGGCCCAUCAAGAUGGAGCUGUCGGAGCCUCAGGCCAACCUCCAGGCCGCCCUGCAGGUCCUGGAGCUGCACCACAGCAAGCUCAACACCACCAAGGCCAUCAACCUGCUGCCAGCCAACACCCACAUCAAGGAGAUCCAAGUCUUCCUGGAGAGCGUCCUGGAGGAGAAGGCCCAGAGGAAACGCUGCAACCAGGUGCUGAAGAGUCUGCUGCAGGCCGAGUUCCUCAGGGUGCAGGAAGAACGCAUCUUCCACCAGCAGGUGAAGUGUGUCAUCACGGAGGAGAAGACGUGCAGAGUGUGCAAGAAGAAAAUAGGAAACAGUGCGUUUGCCAGAUACCCAAAUGGCGUGGUGGUGCAUUACUUCUGCUGCAAAGACCGCAGCAAGUGUCCCACAGACUAAAGACCGCAGCAAGUGUCCCACAGACUAAAGACCGCAGCAAGUGUCCCACAGACUAAAGACCGCAGCAAGUGUCCCACAGACUAAAGACCGCAGCAAGUGUCCCACAGACUAAAGACUGCAGCAAGUGUCCCACAGACUGACUAAAGACCGCAGCAAGUGUCCCACAGACUGACUAAAGACCGCAGCAAGUGUCCCACAGACUGACUAAAGACCGCAGCAAGUGUCCCACAGACCGACUAAAGACCACAGCAAGUGUCCCACAGACCGACUAAAGACCACAGCAAGUGUCCCACAGACUGACUAAAGACCGCAGCAAGUGUCCCACAGACUUAAGACUGCAGCAAGUGUCCCACAGACUUAAGACCGCAGCAAGUGUCCCACAGACUAAAGACCACAGCAAGUGUCCCACAGACCGACUAAAGACCACAGCAAGUGUCCCACAGACAGACUAAAGACCGCAGCAAGUGUCCCACAGACUUAAGACUGCAGCAAGUGUCCCACAGACUGACUAAAGACCACAGCAAGUGUCCCACAGACUGACUAAAGACCGCAGCAAGUGUCCCACAGACUGACUAAAGACCACAGCAAGUGUCCCACAGACUAAAGACCGCAGCAAGUGUCCCACAGACUUAAGACUGCAGCAAGUGUCCCACAGACUGACUAAAGACCACAGCAAGUGUCCCACAGACUAAAGACCGCAGAAAGUGUCCCACAGACUAAAGACCACAGCAAGUGUCCCACAGACUAACUUCUCUCCAUGGAAGUCCGAACAGACUGAUGGGACUUCAACAACGCCGCGCACCUUUUUUUUUCUUUGUUUAGUUUCUUAGCGGCCAUUUUGUAGCCCGGGAGCAAGAAGAAGCAUGUGGCCUUAGAACUCCAGAAAGUGUACUCCAGAGGACGCCAAGCAGCAGCACUACUAACCCCUCUCAGGCUUGUCGGCCAUCUUUCUUUCCGCUGGCAUGCCACAAAAGAACCUGCUAGAAGUUUAUUUAUUGAUGAAUAAGAUCCUGGAUUAAAUGCAUCAUUUAGGCGAUUUAAUCCAGAUUAUUCACGUCUUUUAAUGCCAUAAAUACAUGUCUGCACCGUGCCUAAUGUUGUGUCUUUGCAGCCAGGUGGGGGCGCUGUUAGUUGAUGUACAACUGCAUUAUAAACUCAACUAUGCAGCAGGGGUGUCCAAACCUUUUUACCUGGGGGCCACAUUGGGCUCUAAAAAACUUGGUUGAGGGCCUGAAAGCCGACUACAU